CCAAACGCGCCGUGUUCAUUCUUCUCUCUGUCAUGGUCAGUCUGGGAUUACUAGACGGUGCUUGGCUCGAGGAACGUCGUGAUCGUCGGUGCCAUUACCGCCGCACUGCUGUUGCCCGGGGCCAACGGUGCCAGCGAGGGAUGCUGGCAACACGCCAGAUGACAGCCAGAUGAUGUCUGUUCUGAAGCAAGCUGCCGACAUGUUCAUGCCUUGCAUAGAAGGCCUCUACGACAUGCCCAUUCAUGGCAAUAUCAUUGAGGAGGCCAUUCAGAGAGUGUGCAGAACCUACGACAAGUGCAACGAGAUACCUGAGAAUGUCGCUGCUUGCCUCAUAGAAACGACGGUUGAGUAUUUGUCAACGAUAAAAGAUUUUCCCUACGACCCAAAUGUAAUGGCACAGAAGACUUUGGGUUGCAUGAUGAGCUCGAAGACGGUGCCGCGAGAGAAGCAGCGUUUCUUCGCCGCGCUCCACUGGCUCCUACUGCUGCUUAAGUAGCAAUGUCUCUGCUACUUACUACUCAUUCUUUGGCUAGUGCUGAAUAAAAACCUCCUCUGGUCGCCCA